AAAGGGAAAACCAUGCCUGAACCCGCCAAGUCCGCCCCGAAGAAGGGCUCCAAGAAAGCCGUGACUAAGACGGCUGGUAAGGGAGGCAAGAAGCGCAGAAAGUCCAGAAGGGAGAGCUAUGCGAUCUACGUGUACAAGGUGCUGAAGCAGGUCCACCCCGACACCGGCAUUUCUUCCAAGGCGAUGGGCAUCAUGAACUCGUUCGUCAACGACAUUUUCGAGCGCAUCGCCGGUGAGUCGUCUCGUUUGGCUCAUUACAACAAACGCUCUACCAUCACGUCCAGGGAGAUCCAGACCGCCGUGCGCCUGCUUCUUCCCGGUGAGCUGGCCAAGCACGCCGUGUCCGAGGGCACCAAGGCCGUCACCAAGUACACCAGCUCCAAGUAACAAGUGACAAAUUUCAUCAAACCCAACGGCUCUUUUAAGAGCCACCCACGUUUCCGCUUAAAGAGCUUAUUUUGUGUGGGUAACUGUAAGGCUUGUAGUAGAAUGAGUUAUGUAAGUGUUUAAAUGCACAUCCUUUGGUUUGUGUAUACAAAAAGUGUGUUUGUUCCAGUACGUGAUCUGCAAUUCCUUCUGCAAACACCUGUAAAAUACAGGAAACAUCCAGGCUUUGUUUUGAGUUAUAACGCUUCUAAACCUCUAUCAUUUUUUUCUUUUCUUGACAUGCAUGUGUGUAUUUAUGAAUAAAAAUAAACAUUGUGUGCACAUUUGUUAUUGUAAGAGCUGUUUACUUAUGUAUUCUUUUAAUAUUUUAGCAUUUUAUUGCUUCUCUGCCUUUUGUACUUGAUCAAGUGUAGUAUCUGUUCUUAUUAGUUUAAUAUCUGAUGCGUCCUCUAAAUGAGGGCUACACAUUAAAUUGAUAUUUACAACAA